GCGGCUGAGGGAGGAACCAUUGGUUUUUGCAGGGGGGAGGCAGCCGUCCGCAAUUAGUGUUUUCUAUCUCCGGCCUCAGAGCGCUCCUGAAGAAUGGCGGCGGAGGCUGCGCAGCCCAUCAAAAGCAUCAAGGAAAUUGUUUCCUUGUAUCGUGACCUAAGCCAUUAUCCAACUCUGUACAGUGCAACCGUUGGACCUGAUGUCACUACACAAUAUGGCGGCAAAUAUUGCAACAUCUACACUGAGUGGACACAGAGAGAUCUUGAUCGCAACGAGCAAGUCAAAUUUUGCCGACAGUACAUAGUGUUCCAUGAUAAUAACACCAUUGUGUAUUCAGGUGCCUGUGGGAAUAGCUGCGAGAUCAAGGGAGAGCUGCUCAGCAAAGAGUCCCUUUCUGGAUCACUGAAAGCUGUCCUACGAGACACCACCAAUGCCAAAGGGGAAAACACGCAGUUCUUGGAGGUGUGGGACAAGAAUUGCAAAAUAAAGAGCAUCAACCUGACCUCUCUCGAUAAGCAUGGGAAGGUGUAUGAGGAUGACCAGUUUGGAUGUCUGUCCUGGUCCCAUUCCGAAUCUCAUCUAUUGUAUAUUGCCGAAAAAAAGAGACCCAAAACAGAAAGCUUCUUCCAGAUUGAUUCUAAAAAUCUUGGCUCAGGAGUGUCUGAUGGGAAGGAAGAUGAUAUCCCAAAACCUAUCAAGGGUGAUCAGUUUGUGUUCCAUGAGGACUGGGGAGAAGGCCUGGUAAAUAAGAGUGUUCCAGUUUUGUGUGUUAUGGACAUUGAGAGUGGCAACAUUUCUGUACUGGAUGGAAUACCCGAAUAUGUGUCACCAGGACAGGCAUUCUGGUCCCCUGAUGAUACUGGAGUUGUGUUUGUCGGCUGGUGGCAUUCACCUUAUCGACUUGGCUUAAAGCAUUGCCCCAAUAGGAGAUCUGCUCUGUUUUUUGUGGACCUGACUGGUGGCAAAUGUGAAACACUCUCCACGGACUCGGCUUCUGUUUUUUCACCCAGAUUGAGCCCUGACAAGUGCCGUAUAGUAUAUCUAAUGUGUGAACAAUUUGGACCUCAUCAGCAGUGCUGCAAACUGCUUAUGUAUGAUUGGUAUACAAAAGUGACCUCCACUGUGGUAGAUAUUGUGCCCCGAAGCACUGAGGGGCAGUUUGCAGGUAUUUACGGCACAUUACUCGCUUCAUUCUGCUGGUCUGCAGACAGCCAACGAGUGGUUCUUGAUACGGUGCAGCGCAGUAAACAGAGUCUGUUUGUUGUGGAUAUAAUAAAUGGAAAUCUGACACCACUCCAAUCCAAAGGAAAUUAUCCACCAGGAUCCUGGAAGGUGUUGGCUAUUGACAGAGAUCUACUUGUUACCUCAUUUUCCUCUCCAAACCACCCACCUACAAUAAAAGUGGGGUUCUUACCCCCGAGUGGCAAAGAAGAUGACAUUGCAUGGGUUUCAUUGAAGGAAGAUAAUUCUGGUUUUAAUAUAGAUUGGAGUUUCAAAGUCCAUCAACCUCCUCAAGAACAGGAGAACUCAAAGUAUCCUGGCCUCAAUUUUGAGUCUAUCUUCCUUAAGCCGCAGAACAUCCCUGCUGAGAGCAAAAUUCCCUUGGUCGUCUACCCUCACGGAGGCCCACACUCUGCCUUUGUCAGCGAAUGGAUGCUUUUUCCGGCUAUGAUGUGUAACAUGGGUUUAGCUGUACUACUAGUAAAUUAUCGAGGAUCAGUGGGUUUUGGACAGGACAGCAUUCUUUCCCUGCCAAAGAAUGUCGGAGAGCAAGAUGUCAACGAUGUUCAGUUUGCAGUGGAGCAAGUUCUGCAAGAAGAAUUUUUGGAUCCGAACAGGGUCAUAAUAUGUGGAGGAUCACACGGUGGCUUCUUGUCGUGUCACUUGAUUGGUCAAUACCCAGGAUUCUAUAAAGCAUGCAUUGCUCGCAACCCAGUGACUAACUUGCUCUCAAUGUUUGGAUCAACUGAUAUACCAGACUGGUGUUUGGUGGAAUCCGGUAUCUCUUACUCUUACCAGGCUGCACCGGAUCCUUCGCAAUAUGGGGAAAUGUUAGAUAAAUCACCUAUCCGAUAUGUCUCUCAGGUUAAGACCCCAGUCCUAUUAAUGCUGGGAGAGGAUGAUCGUCGAGUGCCGAACAAGCAGGGCCUGGAAUAUUAUAGAGCAUUGAAAGCUCAUGAUGUGCCUGUACGGCUUCUCUGGUACCCUGGAAAUAACCAUGCACUAGCCAAGGUGGAUGCAGAAUCAGACAAUUUUAUGAAUAUCGCACUGUGGAUCCAGAAAUGGUUAAAAUAAUGCUUUACACUGCCAUGGGUCCAAAUGGUUACAUAAUUAACAUUCAAAGAUGUAGGAAGAGCAAACAAGCAAGCUCCAGGGCAAGGGUGUAUAAUAACAAAGUUUUUAUUUUUUAUGUUAUUGAAAAUCUUUAUGCUUCACUUAUUGGAAAAUUAAGCAUUGGUUAAAAAGGGGGUAACUUUGUUUGGGGAAUUUGGGGUGUUAAUUAAUUGCCAAUAAAAAUCAGUGGUGUCACGUCUGUGAACCAAUCUGGUUCCCUUUACACCCACUUCCUGGAUUGUGGAAGGAUUAUUGAACAUUGUACAGUGAUCUGGACAAAAGAAGGAUCUCUGUACCAACGACAUAGGCAAGCUCUCUAAUGUAAUGCUCAGAUUGAGCAAUUUACAGGGUGCUAUGUGGUCUAGCUCUCCUUUAGAUCAAAAGUUGCACAGUUACUGCAUCCUUGUGAUUCUCGUUUUUUGUAUUUUUACAAGCAAUAAAAAAAGUUACAAAAUUGUUCAAUUUA